CUAGAACUGUCAAAACCGCUUCUGUCUGCAGUUUACCUUUCCGAACCAAUCAGUGUGCUCGUUCUCUGUUUCCGGCAUCUUGUGCUAUCGUUCAUACCGCAUUUAUUCUACUGCUUUGUGAAAAGUGGUGAAUUAAAAUCUCGCUAAGACCAAAAAGAAUCAAACGAUCGCAAACAUGCCAGAAUUGACUGAAAUCACGGAAAGCACUGCUGCGGCUGCUACCACUUCCGCUAUCCCGAGCACCUCCGCUGACAACACAGAGGCCAAGCUGGAGGACGCCCCAAGCGAUACCGAAUCGGAUGACACAAUCCCAGAGCUGGAAGAUGCAGGCACCGCCGCCGCCCAGCUGUCGUCCGGUGGCAUGCCGGAUCUGGUCUCGAAGGCCAAGCAGUCCCGUGGUGAGAAGAAGGCCCGCAAGAUCAUGUCCAAGCUCGGUCUGAAGCCGGUGCAGGGCGUGAACCGAGUGACGAUCCGCAAGUCAAAGAACAUCCUGUUCGUGAUAAACAACCCAGACGUGUACAAGAACCCCCACAGCGACACCUACAUCAUUUUCGGAGAAGCCAAGAUCGAAGAUCUGUCGCAGCAAGCCCAGGUGGCCGCUGCCGAGAAAUUCAAGGCCCCGGAAGCUACCCCCGCCGCUGGAGAAUCGUCCGGUGCCACCACCUCCGUCGCCCCGAUCGCCGAAGAGGACGAAGAGGAAGUGGACGACCCCGGCCUCAACGAUAAGGACAUCGAACUGGUCAUGCAGAAUGCCAACGUACCCCGCGCCAAGGCCAUUCGGGCACUGAAGGUGAACAAAUACGACGUCGUAAACGCGAUCAUGGAACUGACGAUGUAAAGGACUUACACGCUGUCGGUUGUAUAUCAUCUUGGAUCGUGGUUCUCCUCCCCUCAGACCCCCCUCCCCGUUUCUUGAUACCCUUAAUACCUUCUACUAGUAGUAAAAGAACAAUAUAUUCGUACGGUUAGACACAGGAAACAAAAAAAAAAACGAUUCUUUUGCUCUGAACUGCGCUUCGAAAGUUCAAGGACACGAUUAAGACGAGACUCUGCUGCAGACGGUGCAUGUGCUACUGGUCGCUAUUAUUGCUUAUUUGCUACUACUACUACUACUACUGCUACUACUAUUAUAUUACUGCAACAUACACACAUGCAUACAGAUACUAAGUGUAGGAAUCAACAAGAAAAUACACAAGGAAAAAAAAACGAAAAAAAUCAAUAAAAUACAAAAAAUUGGAAA